CUGGGGCUGCGGGCUGUCUGGGGUUGGUGGCGGUGCCUCGAGGACAGGGGUGGCAGCGGCCGGCACACCAGAGGCUGAGCCGGCAGCGGGGGAGGGGAGGAGGGCGGCCCGGGCUGCGCGCGCGCGCGCAGGGCUCGAGCAUGAGCCGGACUUGACCGCGAGGCGGAGGCAAAAGCCACCGCCCCCUCUUCCCCUCCCUUGAGUGAGGCGGCGUGGCGGCCAGAGAGAGAUGGGGGGCGCCCGCCUAAUCUGAGCCUCGUCGGGGGCGCCUCAGUCUCACGCAGCGUUCCUCGCGGGCCUCUAGUGCGCACCCUCAGCCCCAGCAGCCUCUGCCCGGCGGGCGCACCCGGGCGGGCGAGGAGGGGGCGCCCGCCUGGGUGGGUGGGGUGGGGAGGGUACCUGAGGUCACCUGCUCCGCGCGAGAGGCAGAGGCGGCCACGGCGGUGGCAGAACUGCAGAGCUGCGGGGUCCACCCGACCCUUACCCUCAGCCCGGGAAGUAACCAAUGUGAAACAUGUUGCAGAAACAUUCAAGAAGUGGCUGAAGGGAGAAGGAAAAAAGUGCCAUUGCCUAUCAGAAAAAAACAAAAGAAAACAUGGGAAAUACCACCACCAAAUUCCGUAAAGCACUCAUCAAUGGUGAUGAAAACCUGGCCUGCCAAAUUUAUGAAAACAACCCUCAGCUGAAAGAAUCCCUUGAUCCAAAUACAUCUUACGGAGAGCCCUACCAGCACAAUACUCCAUUACACUAUGCUGCUAGACAUGGAAUGAAUAGAAUACUAGGGACUUUUCUUUUUGGUAGAGAUGGAAAUCCAAAUAAACGGAAUGUGCACAAUGAAACAUCUAUGCAUUUGUUAUGUAUGGGACCUCAAAUUAUGAUAUCUGAAGGAGCCCUUCAUCCUCGCUUAGCACGGCCCGCAGAAGAUGAUUUCAGAAGAGCAGAUUGUCUGCAGAUGAUCUUAAAAUGGAAAGGAGCAAAACUUGACCAAGGAGAAUAUGAGAGAGCAGCUAUUGAUGCCGUUGAUAACAAAAAAAACACACCCCUGCACUAUGCUGCUGCCUCAGGCAUGAAAACCUGUGUCGAGCUUUUAGUAAAACAUGGAGGAGACUUGUUUGCUGAGAAUGAAAAUAAAGACACUCCUUGUGAUUGUGCUGAAAAGCAACACCACAAAGAUUUGGCUCUCAAUCUGGAAUCACAAAUGGUAUUCUCACGAGAUCCUGAAGCUGAAGAAAUAGAAGCGGAAUAUGCUGCAUUAGACAAACGAGAGCCAUAUGAAGGAUUAAGGCCUCAGGAUCUUCGUAGAUUGAAAGAUAUGCUUAUUGUGGAGACUGCAGACAUGCUUCAGGCUCCACUGUUUACUGCUGAAGCUUUACUUCGAGCUCAUGACUGGGACAGGGAGAAAUUACUUGAAGCUUGGAUGUCCAACCCAGAGAACUGCUGCCAACGAUCAGGUGUUCAGAUGCCAACUCCACCACCAAGUGGAUAUAAUGCUUGGGACACACUCCCUUCUCCAAGAACUCCAAGGACUACACGCUCUUCUGUCACCUCUCCAGAUGAAAUAAGUUUAUCUCCUGGAGAUUUGGAUACCAGUUUGUGUGACAUUUGUAUGUGCAGUAUUUCUGUAUUUGAAGACCCAGUGGAUAUGCCCUGUGGACAUGACUUUUGUAGAGGAUGUUGGGAGUCGUUUUUGAAUCUGAAAAUUCAAGAAGGUGAAGCUCACAACAUUUUCUGCCCUGCAUAUGAUUGCUUCCAACUUGUGCCUGUGGAUAUCAUAGAAAGUGUAGUUUCUAAGGAGAUGGACAAACGAUAUCUACAGUUUGAUAUUAAGGCCUUUGUUGAAAAUAAUCCUGCCAUUAAGUGGUGUCCUACUCCAGGCUGUGAAAGAGCAGUCAGACUUACAAAACAAGGGUCACAUACAUCUGGGUCUGACACACUCAACUUUCCCUUGCUCAGAGCUCCUGCUGUGGACUGUGGAAAAGGACACCUCUUCUGUUGGGAGUGCCUUGGUGAAGCACAUGAGCCUUGUGACUGCCAAACAUGGAAAAAUUGGCUACAAAAAAUAACUGAAAUGAAACCGGAAGAACUUGUAGGUGUUAGUGAAGCUUAUGAGGAUGCUGCCAAUUGUCUCUGGUUGUUAACUAACUCUAAGCCUUGUGCUAACUGUAAGUCUCCGAUACAGAAGAAUGAGGGAUGCAAUCACAUGCAGUGUGCUAAGUGCAAGUAUGACUUUUGCUGGAUUUGCCUAGAAGAAUGGAAAAAGCAUAGUUCUUCCACAGGAGGUUAUUACAGAUGUACUCGCUAUGAAGUCAUUCAGCAUGUGGAGGAGCAAUCCAAGGAAAUGACUGUGGAGGCUGAGAAAAAACACAAACGAUUUCAGGAACUUGACAGAUUUAUGCACUAUUACACAAGAUUUAAAAACCAUGAGCAUAGCUAUCAGUUAGAACAACGCCUUCUUAAAACAGCCAAAGAAAAGAUGGAGCAAUUGAGUAGAGCUCUCAAAGAAACUGAAGGAGGCUGUCCAGAUACCACUUUCAUUGAAGAUGCAGUUCAUGUGCUCUUAAAAACUCGACGCAUUCUCAAGUGUUCUUACCCAUAUGGAUUUUUCUUAGAACCUAAAAGCACAAAGAAAGAAAUUUUUGAACUCAUGCAAACAGACCUAGAAAUGGUCACUGAAGACCUUGCCCAAAAAGUCAAUAGGCCUUACCUUCGCACACCCCGCCACAAGAUCAUCAAGGCAGCGUGCCUUGUACAGCAGAAGAGACAAGAAUUCCUGGCAUCUGUGGCUCGGGGAGUUGCUCCUGCAGACUCACCAGAAGCUCCAAGGCGCAGCUUUGCUGGUGGAACAUGGGAUUGGGAAUAUUUAGGAUUUGCAUCACCUGAGGAAUAUGCUGAAUUUCAGUAUCGGAGGAGGCACAGACAACAACGCCGUCGAGGAGAUGUGCACAGUCUGCUCAGUAACCCUCCAGACCCUGAUGAGCCAAGUGAAAGCACUUUAGACAUUGCAGAUGGUGGCAGUGGCCGCAGGCCUGGCGCCUCGGUGGUGAGCUCCACGUCUAUGAGUGUGCUGCACACCUCUUCCCUGCGCGACUACACCCCUGCCAGUCGCUCGGAAAACCAGGACUCUCUUCAGGCUCUGAGUUCCUUGGAUGAAGAUGAUCCCAAUAUACUUCUUGCAAUACAGUUAUCACUGCAAGAAUCCGGGCUGGCCAUUGAUGAGGAAAAUAGAGACUUCCUCAAUAAUGAGGCAUCCUUAGGAGCGAUAGGCACCUCUUUACCUUCUAGGCUAGACUGUCCCAGGAAUACAGAUAGCCCUCGGGCUGCGAUGAGCAGCUCUGAGCUGUUGGAACUUGGUGACAGCCUCAUGAGAUUAGGAGGAGAAAGUGACCCAUUUUCAACGGACGGUCUGAGUUCACAGCCUCUCAGUGAGGCAAGAAGUGAAUUCUAUCCAUCCAGUGACCCCGACUCAUCUGGCCAGGAUGCCAACAUCAAUGACAAUCUUCUUGGCAAUAUCAUGGCUUGGUUUCAUGACAUGAACCCUCAGAGUAUUGCCCUGAUUCCUCCAGCAGCUACAGAAAUCAGUGCAGAUUCCCAGCUCCCCUGUGUCAAAGAUGAGUCAGAAGGUGUGAGGGAUGUGGGUCUGGUGCCACCAGAAGAAGAUUCAGUGUUUGAAGAUGCUGUGGUCAGUGAAGGUAGAGGAACCCAAAUAGAAGAAGAAAAUCCUCGGGAAGAAAAUAAUCUGGCUGGGGAGGCAGCAUCUCCGGCUGGUAAUAGUGGUAAUGAGGUAGCCAACAAGGGGGAUGGUUCAGAUGUUUCAAGUCCAACACCUCAAACCUCAAGUGACUGGCUUGAACAAGUCCAUUUAGUGUGAACUGAAGACCUUGGGCUCCAAAUGAAUCACAGGUACAGAUGGUAUUCUAGUGGAGUAUGCUUUAUAGAGACUUGAUCCACUCAAUUCCAACUCAAUUUUAAACCACUGAUGCUAGGGUUGAAUACGAAGGAGUUCCCUUGAAUGGUAGCUUCAUUUCUGAUUUUAACCUUACAGGGAAUUUCUUUUGUAUUUAAAGGGAUAGCUUUUCCCCUUUGUGCUGACAAAAAAGAAGAGUAAGAGAAACACAAAUGGAAUGAGUAGGCCAGAUUCCACAUUCUGAGAAAAUGCAGUCCUCUGUUUAGCCUAAGGUUGACAGUACUUAAAUUGAACGUUUAAAUUAAAGGCUUACUCCCUAAUCCUUGGGUGGUUUUUCCUCUUUUAAAGAAAAAAGUUUUCUUCAUUUUAGAAGUUACUUUGAACAGAUCUAAUAACAUUUCGUUCCUCAGUCUGUUUGUGCUCUUCCAUCACUUUCUUCCUUCCUUUCUGUCUGAGCAGUGUGAAUUGAGGUAUCCAAGGCUUCUCCCUAGUGCUGCAUCUACCACAGUGUAGUUUUCGUAUUCACAUCAAGCAAAGAUUUCUUGUCAUGUCUAUUACAGUCCACUUGUGCCAAACUGACUCAUGCGCUGACUAACAAGGCGGUAGGCGUGCAGUGUCCUGAAGGGCUCCAGAGGAGUCUCGGCCUUCUCGGGAGUUAAAGGUGCCACUUGGUAGCAGUGAUAUUCCAGAAUUGAAUGGGCUUUUGUUGCCAUGGAGACUGCAUUUAAAUAAAUGUAGCCUGUAGCUUAAGUUAACUAAACCUAAUGCUGCUGUUAAAAACAGUUUAUUUUAAUAUUAAAAUACAGUUGAUUAGCAACAGCGGUUGUAUUUUAAGAGACACUUUAUUGGAAGUGCAAUCAUAGUUCUUUGUUUUCACACUUUUACAGUGCAUUCUAAUUACUAAUGGGUGCAAUUACUUUUAAUGGUAAGUGUUUUAUAAAAUAGAAAAAAAAGUGAGUUUUCAUGAGUUAUAGUAAAUCCCACAAUUAUUAAAAAAUUCAAUAAAACAUCCUGCGCAACAUGUUACCGUGCCUUUGCCUAACUAAAUGGAUAGUUGCCAGUUAAAUAAGUGAGUAAUUCAAAUUUCAGUGUCUCUUCUGAAGUAACUAUGCUAUGAAUUGCAAAGACCUCCAUAAAACCACCCAUGGCCUUGCCUUUACAGUAAAUAUAACAACUAAAUGUUCAGUUUGUUUGCCUAAAUAGCAAAUGCUGACAUGUGUUUGUUCUAUUGCACAAUACUCAUUUGCUGUGUGAUUACUGUUUAGUGUUGAAAAAAAUCAACUUCCUAGUUAUCAGUGUCUUACUGUGAAGAAAAUACUGGUCAUAGUUGUAAUUAAGAUACAAUGGUACAGUGUGUAAUUAAAACUAGAGUAAACUGUUGGAAUGGCUGUUUACUUACAUAUUAUCAAAACUAGCAUAACACAAACAAAAUAGAUAUGCAACACUCCGUUUAAUGUUUUGCCAGAUUCUUACCAGAAAUCUACUGAUACCAAAAUUUCAGUACUGAGUGUGUACAGGCAAGUCCUGGGCUAGGUACAAGGUUAUAUUAGUAUUGAUAUCCAUGUGAGUUGUGAUUAUGGUUUUUGAUUAAUUUUUUUCUUCUCCAGAACCUGCUUUUGAAAUUCUUGUCCUUCGAAUUCGUAUGGCUAGGACAUUAUAUUAGAGUACUUAAUAUUCCCCAGGUUCCCUUGGAAUAAACUGUGUGUGAAUUGCUCCUAUGCCAUGGGUAUCAAAGAUCCACAUAGCUUUUAUUUCCGCAAUUAUCAGGAACGUCGAUAUCAAUCCCCAUUAAAUUAGUUGGGGAAAAUAUUAACUUUGUCUACAGUGUAUUACUGUAUAUUAAACUGAAAAGUCCAUUAAAGGAUUUUUUUACAAAUUUAUUUUGGAUUAAAAAUAGCGACACCAAUCAGUUUCUAGACCAAGCUGUAAUUUUUCAAUAGAAAGAGUCUUUGUAUCACAUUGAGGCAUCUUGCAAAGCUGCAGUAAGGUGUGAGGAAGAGUGGUCCGUGUGAAGACAGUGUAUGUGAUGGGUUCCGCUCUUUGCACCUUGUGCAGUCCCCUUUGUUUCUGUGCUGUUAUCUCCUGAGCAUGAAAAAUGAUCAUUAUUCAAUUUGUAUUUCCUUGGUACAUAUUUUAAAAACAACACAGUCAUUGACUUUACAAUUAUUCAGAAAUAAAGUUUGGCAAAGCCUAUUUUGUAAACAAGUUAAUUUUAUAAUGUAAAAAAAAAAAUUACUCUAACCUUGACUUGUUAUUUGCACUUUCAUAGUCUAUACUUGAUACAUUCCCACUUUAUAUACAGUAGGAUUCUACAAACGUGUAGAUGUCUGGCCAAAUGAAUGCUGUUAAUAAUAUGUAAAAUUCUUUGAUUAAACAUUUAUUACUUAAACUA